AUGUACGUCUUCAAGGAGUAUCUUGGUCGGUAUUUUCAUAUGAAGGAUCUCGGGCCUCUCAAAUAUUUUCUUGGUAUUGAGGUCGCCCGCGGUCCGCUGGGUAUUUCGAUGUGCCAACGAAAAUAUGUUCUAGAUAUUCUGAAUGAAACGGGUCUUUUGGGCGCUAAACCUGUUUCGUUUCCACUUGAUCAGAACCACAGAUUGGCAAUAUCUACCAGUGAGAUUCUUUCAGACCCUGAGCCAUAUAGAAGACUUGUGGGACACUUAAUAUACUUGCUGGCUACGAGACCCGAUAUCACUUAUUCCGUGCAUAUUUUGUCACAAUUCAUGCACGAGCCACGCCGCGACCAUUGGGAUGCAGCCCUUCGCCUCGUUCGCUAUCUCAAAAACAACCCGGGACAAGGAAUUCUCCUGCACUCGAAUUCUGAACUUCGAUUGUCUGGAUGGUGUGACUCGGAUUGGGCAGGCUGCCCUCGCACCCGCAAAUCACUUUCGGGAUGGAUUGUACAGUUCGACCACUCUCUGGUUUCAUGGAAGACAAAACGGCAACAGACCAUUAGUCUCUCGUUCGCUAAAGCGGAAUACCAGGCAUUGGCGGUCUUGACUUGUGAACUUCUUUGGUUUAAAGGCUUGUUGUCGUUUCUAGGAGUCGAACACACAACACCAAUGACGGCGCAUAGCGACAGUCAAUCCGCCCUCCAACUUGUGGCAAAUGACGUCUUUCACGAGCGCACCAAACAUAUAGAAGUCGAUUGUCAUUUUCUGCGCCAUCAUCUGAGCAACCGCAACAUCAUCACUCGGCAUGUUCCCACUGGGGAUCAACUCGCGGACAUAUUCACGAAGGCACUUGGCAAGAAGGAAUUCCACCGGUUUUUGCUCAAGUUGGGCAUCCACGACAUAUAUGCUCGAACUUGA